AUGUUCACUUUUGCAGAUCGCAUCUGCCAAGCAUCACUUAAUGCUGGUACUGCAUGUGGAGUACCUGCUCAAACGAGUUGUUUUAGAUAUUACUACGACGCUCCAUCAAAGGUUUGUCGUCCGUUUACCUUCACUGGCUGCGGCGGAAACGAUAACAACUUUCAAACAAAAGGAGAAUGUACACAGUUUUGUAACGGUGAAAUCAUAUGCUUGCGUGGUGAUCCUCAUCCCGACAGAUACUCCAUCAACAAAAUUGCUACAUGUCAUGAAGAUAGGCACUGUCCGAGAAAUUACACUUGUACUAGGAAGACGGAUGGAAGAGGAGGAGCUUGUUGCCCCAGCCGAGGUCAGUAA